CGUGCGAGCCAUCUUGCCGCUUGAGGCAGCGCUGACGGUUCGCACAAGACACAAUCACACAGCCAGCCGCCCGCUGCCCGCGCUGUGCUCUCACAACUCACAAGUCACAACCAGCCGCGCCGCGCCACACAGCCCGCGGCUCUCCGCGCGACGGGUGCGAUGCGCUGAUGCGCAUGGCACCUGCACUUCUGGCUUCAGAUGGAUCUCACUCUCCAUUUCUCCAGACUCCAGCAGACCAGCCCGCGGGCUGUUCGACGAAAUGCGCGGCGGACAAUACCCCGACCUUCUUGUCCGACGAGAGCGCGUUGCUUCUGAAUGUUUACGAAAAUCACACUGUCAAGUAGGAGUAAGUCGUGAGAUGAACGUGGGAUCCACGAACCAAGACAUAGACCAAACUAGUUUCUCCGGUAUGGAUUGUCCCAGAGUUCUCAACUUCGCUUGUUGCCCAGGGCGGUUUGAAGACGGUGAAAGGUGGAUGUGGGCCCCACAUGUUGGUGACCUGAACUCCUCCAUGAUCAGGCUGCUCCGGCACAUCCACAUCUCAGCUUCAGAAGGAAACCACACACCCAGUUUCCUCCAGUCAAGCGUGAGUCCAGCUCAGAACCUAACAAUAAUGAUCAACUGGAAAACCUCCGCCACAUGGCGACUGGCCUCGAAAUGAUCCAGGUGUGGACAAGUCUGGCAACCUUGUAGACCUGGCCUGGUUGAACUCUCUGACGCAUCGAAGAUUCGUGUGGUGUGGAACUGGAGACAGCUGCUGCCUAGAGAAUGGCCGGCCUUUUUUCUCAAGUUCCUGGCAGAAAGGCACACGGUUACGUUUAGAAAUGAGGUUGCCGGGAAGACCAGAACAAACUACUAGUUUUUUUUUUCCUUUCUUUAAUAUUCUAAAUUUCUAAUGAACUGCUAGUUGGUGUCAAGAAAACGUGAUCAGUAUGCUAAGGCAGGAGUCUUCUACUCAAAUAAGAGAAUCGUUGCAAAACUUUGUCUUUGACAAAGGAUUGGCUGAUGAUGCAUAUACAUCCCUGAAUUCUGGAAAGGUUCUCUAAACUUUCUAAACGGCUACUAAAAGGUUGCGCUUGCAUACAGAAUGUUUCAGUGAAUUUAAUUAUGUAAAAAAA